AUUUCCGGCUUCUAGCAACUUCACAGGAAGUGACGUAUCACCAUAGGUCCUGCCGCUUAAAACCUCCGCCCGGCCAACUACAUUGCCAGCAAAGCAAUGGCGACUGAACGUAGUUUCCCAGACAGCCACAUUGACGACGACCCCCAGCAAGCACUUGAGGGACUGACCAAGGCCUUGCAAGGAGACUCUGACAAUGCUGAGUUGCUGUGCCAGCGUGCCUAUGCCUACACACUCCUCAACAACUACACUUGCGCUGUUGAGGAUGCCAAGAAAGCCCAGCAGCUAAAUCCAGGCCUUCCCCUCGCUUUCAUGCGAACAGGAAUAGCAGAGUACCACCUGAGCCAGUAUGAGUCAGCCCAUGCAGCCUUCACUCAAGGAUACCAACUGGAUGGUUCUGAAAAAACUUUUGAGAUUUGGAUCAAGCGAUGUGAGGAAAUGUUGGAUGAGAAGACGGAGGACAGCCGCGUGGAGACGAAGCCAGCAGGGCCGAACGUGAAAUAUGACUGGUACCAAACAGAAUCCCAGGUCAUCGUCACAGUCAUGGCGAAAAAUGUUCCGAAGGACGGAGUGUCUGUGAAAUUCAUGGAACAAGAGCUCUCGGCCUCGAUUGGGCUCGCGUCUGGGGAUUACUAUGACCUCGACCUCCGACUUCUGCAUCCCAUCGUCCCACUACAGAGCAACUUCAGGGUCCUCGCCACUAAGGUGGAGAUGAAGAUGAAGAAGACCGAGGCCAUCCGAUGGGAGAGCCUGGAGGGAGAGGGACAGGAAUCCAACAUCAAACACUUCGAUCCCAACGAGUACCCGACAUCGUCCCAGCACAGCCGCAAAUGGGACAAAAUCGUGGUGGACAUUAGCGAGGAGGAGAAGAACGAGAAGCUGGAGGGAGACGCGGCCCUCAACAAGGUCUUCCAGCAGAUCUACACCGAUGGUUCAGACGAGAUCAGACGUGCCAUGAACAAGUCUUUUACGGAGUCACAUGGCACAGUUUUGAGCACCAACUGGAAAGAUGUGGGCAAGAGAAAAGUGGAUCCAAGCCCGCCGGAUGAUGUCGAGUUGAGGAAGUACUGAACCUCCUUACCUCGCUCUCUCUCCUCCGCUUCCUUUCCCCCCCCCCCCCCCCUCAGUUUGACCUCGGUCCCUGCAUUCCACUCAGUCUCCUCCUCCGACCUGUGGUCUUCCACCAACCAGUACAGUUCAUUUCAGUCCAUGGGAAUGCAGUGGAACCUCCAUGUACAAACUUAAUUGGUUCCUGGACUGGGUAGAUGAAUAGAAAAGUUCCUAUAUGCGUUUCUAAAUAUUAAAAAGUCUGCUUACAAUAAAGCCUAAGGGAGCCGCUCAAUUUUGCCUAUAAAGCAGCUAAAAAAACUCCAUUAAGGUUUUAUAUACAUCAGGGGCGUCACCCUUAGAGGGCUGCUUGUAACAAUAAAUGUAAGAAUAUAAAAGUAUAAUCGCCUCAUAUUAUUGCACAAUUGCCUAUGCAUUUGGUUAUUUAAUUUGUGCACGUACAAAUUGUGAAGUGAAUUAUAUUUAUAUAGCGCUUUUCUCUAGUGACUCAAAGCGCUUUACAUAGUGAAACCCAAUAUCUAAGUUACAUUUAAAGCAGUGUGGGUGGCACUGGGAGCAGGUGGGUAAAGGGGCGGCAUAGCUCGGUUGGUAGAGUGGCCGUGCCAGCAACUUGAGGGUUGCAGGUUCGAGUCCCGCUUCCGCCAUCCUAGUCACUGCCGUUGUGUCCUUGGGCAAGACACUUUACCCACCUGCUCCCAGUGCCACCCACACUGGUUUGAAUGUAACUUAGAUAUUGGGUUUCACUAUGUAAAGCGCUUUGAGUCACUUGAGAAAAGCGCUAUAUAAAUAUAAUUCACUAAAGUGUCUUGCCCAAGGACACGACGGCAGUGUCUAGGAUGGCGGAAGCGGGAAUCGAACCCGCAACCCUCAAGUUGCUGGCACGGCCGCUCUACCAACCGAGCUAUACCGCCCAAAUUGAUGGAUAACUUGCUUGGAAAUCGUAAGUCCAGGUGACAAGCAGAUAUUUAAGUAUUCAUUGUUAUUCUUAUAAACUGUCCAUCCAUCCAUUUCCUACCCUGUCUCAGCUACAAGUCGCCACCUCAUCCCAGCUAUAAUACGGUAUAUAAUAAUCAGGGUGCUAAUUUUUAUAUUUUUUUUUUAUCACAUAUGAAUCCCAAUUUGUGAUCAUCUCAAUUGUAAAAUUGUCUAAAAAAAUGUCAAAUCGCUUUUUUUUUUUGGGACAAAUUAGCUAAAAAAAAAACACAUUUGACUUAAUUGUCAUAACGUCAGCAACCAAAAAUAGAUUUUGUAAGCUGUUUUGUUAAGGUGUUAUAUAAUUAUUAUUGUACCAAGUAAUACGUUGAUUAAAUCGAAUCGAGAAACGUGUUAAAUCAAGUAUCGAUUAUGAAUCAAAUCCUCACCCCAAGAAUCGUAAUGGAAUGGCUAAGGUGCCCAAAGAUUCACCAAUAACCAAAGUUUAAAACAUGAAAUUUCCCGUAUUAGAUACAUUUUUUUUCCGUCAAAAUGGAAAUAAUUGAUAACAUUUGGUCAGAAAGAUGAAGUAGCAACAUUUUUCCCAGGCUUUCGCAGGCCGAAAUGACUUGUCGGGCCGCAUCUGGCUUGAAUUUGAACCAUUUAUAAUAUUAUUUGAUAUGUGCGUAUUUUUGAUCAUUUUAAGUAUACGCGGCACAUUAAUUUCUAAAAAUGCAUCACGGCGUUUGCUUUUUUCUCAACUCCAUGACUGAUUAUUACUCACGGCAAACUUCGAAAGCCAACAAACAUAGUAAAACAUCACUUACUGUACAAUGUCUUCUGUCAUGAGGAUGCUGACUGCUAGGAUUUUUUAAUAUGUUCCCUUUUAGAUGAGGAAUUACUCAAUUCUAGCCAAAACAAAGCUGUCUUUUUGUGUCGUCCUCGCUAUUUUGAAUAAAUCGGUUUGAAUCGAGAAUCGGGUUAAAUCGAGUAUCGAUUAUGAAUCAAAUCCUCACCCCAAGAAUCGUAAUGGAAUGGCUAAGGUGCCCAAAGAUUCACCAAUAACCAAAGUUUAAAACAUGAAAUUUCCCGUAUUACAUACAUUUUUUUUCUGUCAAAAUGGAAAUAAUUGAUAACAUUUGGUCAGAAAGAUGAAGUAGCAACAUUUUUCCCAGGCUUUCGCAGGCCGAAAUGACUUGUCGGGCCGCAUCUGGCUUGAAUUUGAACCAUUUAUAAUAUUAUUUGAUAUGUGCGUAUUUUUGAUCAUUUUAAGUAUACGCGGCACAUUAAUUUCUAAAAAUGCAUCACGGCGUUUGCUUUUUUCUCAACUCCAUGACUGAUUAUUACUCACGGCAAACUCUGAAAGCCAACAAACAUAGUAAAACAUCACUUACUGUACAAUGUCUUCUGUCAUGAGGAUGCUGACUGCUAGGAUUUUUUAAUAUGUUCCCUUUUUAGAUGAGGAAUGACUCAAUUCUAGCCAAAACAAAGCUGUAUUUUUGUGUCGUCCUCGCUAUUUUGAAUAAAUCGGGUUAAAUCGAGUAUCGAUUAUGAAUCAAAUCCUCACCCCAAGAGUCGUAAUGGAAUGGCUAAGGUGCCCAAAGAUUCACCAAUAACCAAAGUUUAAAACAUGAAAUUUCCCGUAUUACAUACAUUUUUUUUCUGUCAAAAUGGAAAUAAUUGAUAACAUUUGGUCAGAAAGAUGAAGUAGCAACAUUUUUCCCAGGCUUUCGCAGGCCGAAAUGACUUGUCGGGCCGCAUCUGGCUUGAAUUUGAACCAUUUAUAAUAUUAUUUGAUAUGUGCGUAUUUUUGAUCAUUUUAAGUAUACGCGGCACAUUAAUUUCUAAAAAUGCAUCACGGCGUUUGCUUUUUUCUCAACUCCAUGACUGAUUAUUACUCACGGCAAACUCUGAAAGCCAACAAACAUAGUAAAACAUCACUUACUGUACAAUGUCUUCUGUCAUGAGGAUGCUGACUGAUAGGAUUUUUUAAUAUGUUCCCUUUUUAGAUGAGGAAUUACUCAAUUCUAGCCAAAACAAAGCUGUCUUUUUGUGUCGUCCUCGCUAUUUUGAAUAAAUCGGGUUAAAUCGAGUAUCGAUUAUGAAUCAAAUCCUCACCCCAAAAAUUGUAAUGGAAUGGCUAAGGUGCCCAAAGAUUCACCAAUAACCAAAGUUUAAAACAUAUGAAAUUUCCCGUAUUACAUGUUUUUUCUGUCAAAAUGGAAAUAAUUGAUAACAUUUGGUCAGAAAGAUGAAGUAGCAACAUUUUUCCCAGGCUUUCGCAGGCCGAAAUGACUUGUCGGGCCGCAUCUGGCUUGAAUUUGAACCAUUUAUAAUACUAUUUGAUAUGUGCGUAUUUUUGAUCAUUUUAAGUAUACGCGGCACAUUAAUUUCUAAAAAUGCAUCACGACGUUUGCUUUUUUCUCAACUCCAUGACUGAUUAUUACUCACUGCAAACUUCGAAAGCCAACAAACAUAGUAAAACAUCACUUACUGUACAAUGUCUUCUGUCAUGAGGAUGCUGACUGCUAGGAUUUUUUAAUAUGUUCCCUUUUAGAUGAGGAAUGACUCAAUUCUAGCCAAAACAAAGCUGUCUUUUUGUGUCGUCCUCGCCAUUUUGAAUAAAUCGGUUUGAAUCGAGAAUCGGGUUAAAUCGAGUAUCGAUUAUGAAUCAAAUCCUCACCCCAAGAGUCGUAAUGGAAUGGUUAAGGUGCCCAAAGAUUCACCAAUAACCAAAGUUUAAAACAUAUGAAAUUUCCCGUAUUAGAUACAUUUUUUUUCUGUCAAAAUGGAAAUAAUUGAUAACAUUUGGUCAGAAAGAUGAAGUAGCAACAUCUUUCGCAGGCCGAAAUGACUUGUCGGGCCGCAUCUGGCUUGAAUUUGAACCAUUUAUAAUAUUAUUUGAUAUGUGCGUAUUUUUGAUCGUUUUAAGUAUACGCGGCACAUUAAUUUCUAAAAAUGCAUCACGGCGUUUGCUUUUUUCUCAACUCCAUGACUGAUUAUUACUCACGGCAAACUCUGAAAGCCAACGAACAUAGUAAAACAUCACUUACUGUACAAUGUCUUCUGUCAUGAGGAUGCUGACUGCUAGGAUUUUUUUAUAUGUUCCCUUUUAGAUGAGGAAUUACUCAAUUCUCACAAAAAACAAAGCUGUCUUUUUGUGUCAUCCUCGCCAUUUUUAAUAAAUCGGUUUGAAUCGAGAAUCGGGUUAAAUCGAGUAUCGAUUAUGAAUCAAAUCCUCACCCCAAGAGUCGUAAUGGAAUGGCUAAGGUGCCCAAAGAUUCACCAAUAACCAAAGUUUAAAACAUAUGAAAUUUCGCGUAUUAGAUACAUUUUUUUUCUGUCAAAAUGGAAAUAAUUGAUAACAUUUGGUCAGAAAGAUGAAGUAGCAACAUUUUUCGCAGGCCGAAAUGACUUGUCGGGCCGCAUCUGGCUUGAAUUUGAACCAUUUAUAAUAUUAUUUGAUAUGUGCGUAUUUUUGAUCAUUUUAAGUAUACGCGGCACAUUAAUUUCUAAUCUAAAAAUGCAUCACAACGUUUGCUUUUUUCUCAACUCCAUGACUGAUUAUUACUCACUGCAAACUUCGAAAGCCAACAAACAUAGUAAAACAUCACUUACUGUACAAUGUCUUCUGUCAUGAGGAUGCUGACUGCUAGGAUUUUUUUAUAUGUUCCCUUUUAGAUGAGGAAUUACUCAAUUCUCACAAAAAACAAAGCUGUCUUUUCGUGUCAUCCUCGCCAUUUUGAAUAAAUCGGUUUGAAUCGAGAAUCGGGUUAAAUCGAGUAUCGAUUAUGAAUCAAAUCCUCACCCCAAGAGUCGUAAUGGAAUGGCUAAGGUGCCCAAAGAUUCACCAAUAACCAAAGUUUAAAACAUAUGAAAUUUCCCGUAUUAUAUACAUUUUUUUUCUGUCAAAAUGGAAAUAAUUGAUAACAUUUGGUCAGAAAGAUGAAGUAGCAACAUUUUUCCCAGGCUUUCGCAGGCCGAAAUGACUUGUCGGGCCGCAUCUGGCCCCCGGGUCUUGAAUUUGAACCAUUUAUAAUAGUAUUUAAUAUGUGCGUAUUUUUGAUCAUUUUAAGUAUACGCGGCGCAUUAAUUUCUAAAAAUGCAUCACGACGUAUGCUUUUUUUUCAACUCCACGACUGACUAUUACUCACUGCAAACUUUGAAAGCCAACAAACAUAGUAAAACAUCACUUACUGUACAAUGUCUGCUGUCAUGAGGAUGCUGACUGCUAGGAUUUUUUAAUAUGUUCCCUUUUAGAUGAGGAAUGACUCAAUUCUCACAAAAAACAAAGCUGUCUUUUCGUGUCAUCCUCGCCAUUUUGAAUAAAUCGGUUUGAAUCGAGAAUCGGGUUAAAUCGAGUAUAGAUUAUGAGUCAAAUCCUCACCCCAAGAGUCGUAAUGGAAUGGCUAAGGUGCCCAAAGAUUCACCAAUAACCAAAGUUUAAAACAUAUGAAAUUUCCCGUAUUAGAUACAUUUUUUUUCUGUCAAAAUGGAAAUAAUUGAUAACAUUUGGUCAGAAAGAUGAAGUAGCAACAUUUUUCGCAGGCCGAAAUGACUUGUCCGGCCGGAUCUGGCUUGAAUUUGAACCAUUUAUAAUAUUAUUUGAUAUGUGCGUAUUUUUGAUCGUUUUAAGUAUACGCGGCACAUUAAUUUCUAAAAAUGCAUCACGACGUUUGCUUUUUUCUCAACUCCAUGACUGAUUAUUACUCACUGCAAACUUCGAAAGCCAACAAACAUAGUAAAACAUCACUUACUGUACAAUGUCUUCUGUCAUGAGGAUGCUGACUGAUAGGAUUUUUUAAUAUGUUCCCUUUUUAGAUGAGGAAUGACUCAAUUCUAGCCAAAACAAAGCUGUCUUUUUGUGUCGUCUUCGCUAUUUUGAAUAAAUCGGUUUGAAUCGAGAAUCGGGUUAAAUUGAGUAUCGAUUAUGAAUCAAAUCCUCACCCCAAGAAUCGUAAUGGAAUGGCUAAGGUGCCCAAAGAUUCACCAAUAACCAAAGUUUAAAACAUAUGAAAUUUCCCGUAUUACAUGUUUUUUCUGUCAAAAUGGAAAUAAUUGAUAACAUUUGGUCAGAAAGAUGAAGUAGCAACAUUUUUCCCAGGCCGAAAUGACUUGUCGGGCCGCAUCUGGCUUGAAUUUGAACCAUUUAUAAUAUUAUUUGAUAUGUGCGUAUUUUUGAUCGUUUUAAGUAUACGCGGCACGUUAAUUUCUAAAAAUGCAUCACGGCGUUUGCUUUUUUCUCAACUCCAUGACUGAUUAUUACUCACUGCAAACUUCGAAAGCCAACAAACAUAGUAAAACAUCACUUACUGUACAAUGUCUUCUGUCAUGAGGAUGCUGACUGCUAGGAUUUUUUAAUAUGUUCCCUUUUUAGAUGAGGAAUGACUCAAUUCUAGCCAAAACAAAGCUGUCUUUUUGUGUCGUCCUCGCUAUUUUGAAUAAAUCGAUUUGAAUCGAGAAUCGGGUUAAAUCGAGUAUCGAUUAUGAAUCAAAUCCUCACCCCAAGAAUCGUAAUGGAAUGGCUAAGGUGCCCAAAGAUUCACCAAUAACCAAAGUUUAAAACAUAUGAAAUUUCCCGUAUUAGAUACAUUUUUUUUCUGUCAAAAUGGAAAUAAUUGAUAACAUUUGGUCAGAAAGAUGAAGUAGCAACAUUUUUCCCAGGCUUUCGCAGGCCGAAAUGACUUGUCGGGCCGCAUCUGGCUUGAAUUUGAACCAUUUAUAAUAUUAUUUGAUAUGUGCGUAUUUUUGAUCAUUUUAAGUAUACGCGGCACAUUAAUUUCUAAAAAUGCAUCACGGCGUUUGCUUUUUUCUCAACUCCAUGACUGAUUAUUACUCACGGCAAACUCUGAAAGCCAACAAACAUAGUAAAACAUCACUUACUGUACAAUGUCUUCUGUCAUGAGGAUGCUGACUGAUAGGAUUUUUUAAUAUGUUCCCUUUUUAGAUGAGGAAUUACUCAAUUCUAGCCAAAACAAAGCUGUCUUUUUGUGUCGUCCUCGCUAUUUUGAAUAAAUCGGGUUAAAUCGAGUAUCGAUUAUGAAUCAAAUCCUCACCCCAAAAAUUGUAAUGGAAUGGCUAAGGUGCCCAAAGAUUCACCAAUAACCAAAGUUUAAAACAUAUGAAAUUUCCCGUAUUACAUGUUUUUUCUGUCAAAAUGGAAAUAAUUGAUAACAUUUGGUCAGAAAGAUGAAGUAGCAACAUUUUUCCCAGGCUUUCGCAGGCCGAAAUGACUUGUCGGGCCGCAUCUGGCUUGAAUUUGAACCAUUUAUAAUACUAUUUGAUAUGUGCGUAUUUUUGAUCAUUUUAAGUAUACGCGGCACAUUAAUUUCUAAAAAUGCAUCACGACGUUUGCUUUUUUCUCAACUCCAUGACUGAUUAUUACUCACUGCAAACUUCGAAAGCCAACAAACAUAGUAAAACAUCACUUACUGUACAAUGUCUUCUGUCAUGAGGAUGCUGACUGCUAGGAUUUUUUAAUAUGUUCCCUUUUAGAUGAGGAAUGACUCAAUUCUAGCCAAAACAAAGCUGUCUUUUUGUGUCGUCCUCGCCAUUUUGAAUAAAUCGGUUUGAAUCGAGAAUCGGGUUAAAUCGAGUAUCGAUUAUGAAUCAAAUCCUCACCCCAAGAGUCGUAAUGGAAUGGUUAAGGUGCCCAAAGAUUCACCAAUAACCAAAGUUUAAAACAUAUGAAAUUUUCCGUAUUAGAUACAUUUUUUUUCUGUCAAAAUGGAAAUAAUUGAUAACAUUUGGUCAGAAAGAUGAAGUAGCAACAUCUUUCGCAGGCCGAAAUGACUUGUCGGGCCGGAUCUGGCUUGAAUUUGAACCAUUUAUAAUAUUAUUUAAUAUGUGCGUAUUUUUGAUCAUUUUAAGUAUACGCGGCACAUUAAUUUCUAAAAAUGCAUCACGACGUUUGCUUUUUUCUCAACUCCAUGACUGAUUAUUACUCACUGCAAACUUCGAAAGCCAACGAACAUAGUAAAACAUCACUUACUGUACAAUGUCUUCUGUCAUGAGGAUGCUGACUGAUAGGAUUUUUUAAUAUGUUCCCUUUUAGAUGAGGAAUGACUCCAUUCUCACAAAAAACAAAGCUGUCUUUUUGUGUCGUCUUCGCCAUUUUGAAUAAAUCGGUUUGAAUCGAGAAUCGGGUUAAAUCGAGUAUAGAUUAUGAAUCAAAUCCUCACCCCAAGAGUCGUAAUGGAAUGGCUAAGGUGCCCAAAGAUUCACCAAUAACCAAAGUUUAAAACAUAUGAAAUUUCCCGUAUUACAUGUUUUUUCUGUCAAAAUGGAAAUAAUUGAUAACAUUUGGUCAGAAAGAUGAAGUAGCAACAUUUUUCGCAGGCCGAAAUGACUUGUCGGGCCGCAUCUGGCUUGAAUUUGAACCAUUUAUAAUAUUAUUUGAUAUGUGCGUAUUUUUGAUUAUUUUAAGUAUACGCGGCACAUUAAUUUCUAAAAAUGCAUCACGACGUUUGCUUUUUUCUCAACUCCAUGACUGAUUAUUACUCACUGCAAACUUCGAAAGCCAACAAACAUAGUAAAACAUCACGUACUGUACAAUGUCUUCUAUCAUGAGGAUGCUGACUGCUAGGAUUUUUUAAUAUGUUCCCUUUUAGAUGAGGAAUGACUCAAUUCUAGCCAAAACAAAGCUGUAUUUUUGUGUCGUCCUCGCCAUUUUGAAUAAAUCGGUUUGAAUCGAGAAUCGGGUUAAAUCGAGUAUCGAUUAUGAAUCAAAUCCUCACCCCAAGAGUCGUAAUGGAAUGGCUAAGGUGCCCAAAGAUUCACCAAUAACCAAAGUUUAAAACAUAUGAAAUUUCCCGUAUUAUAUACAUUUUUUUUCUGUCAAAAUGGAAAUAAUUGAUAACAUUUGGUCAGAAAGAUGAAGUAGCAACAUUUUUCCCAGGCUUUCGCAGGCCGAAAUGACUUGUCGGGCCGCAUCUGGCUUGAAUUUGAACCAUUUAUAAUAAUAUUUGAUAUGUGCGUAUUUUUGAUCAUUUUAAGUAUACGCGGCACAUUAAUUUCUAAAAAUGCAUCACGGCGUUUGCUUUUUUCUCAACUCCAUGACUGAUUAUUACUCACUGCAAACUUUGAAAGCCAACAAACAUAGUAAAACAUCACGUACUGUACAAUGUCUUCUGUCAUGAGGAUGCUGACUGAUAGGAUUUUUAUAUGUUCCCUUUUAGAUGAGGAAUUACUCAAUUCUCACAAAAAACAAAGCUGUCUUUUUGUGUCGUCCUCGCCAUUUUGAAUAAAUCGGUUUGAAUCGAGAAUCGGGUUAAAUCGAGUAUCGAUUAUGAAUCAAAUCCUCACCCCAAGAGUCGUAAUGGAAUGGCUAAGGUGCCCAAAGAUUCACCAAUAACCAAAGUUUAAAACAUAUGAAAUUUCCCGUAUUAGAUACAUUUUUUUUCUGUCAAAAUGGAAAUAAUUGAUAACAUUUGGUCAGAAAGAUGAAGUAGCAACAUUUUUCCCAGGCUUUCGCAGGCCGAAAUGACUUGUCGGGCCGCAUCUGGCUUGAAUUUGAACCAUUUAUAAUAAUAUUUGAUAUGUGCGUAUUUUUGAUCAUUUUAAGUAUACGCGGCACAUUAAUUUCUAAAAAUGCAUCACGGCGUUUGCUUUUUUCUCAACUCCAUGACUGAUUAUUACUCACGGCAAACUUUGAAAGCCAACAAACAUAGUAAAACAUCACUUACUGUACAAUGUCUUCUGUCAUGAGGAUGCUGACUGCUAGGAUUUUUAUAUGUUCCCUUUUAGAUGAGGAAUUACUCAAUUCUCACAAAAAACAAAGCUGUCUUUUUGUGUCGUCUUCGCCAUUUUGAAUAAAUCGGUUUGAAUCGAGAAUCGGGUUAAAUCGAGUAUCGAUUAUGAAUCAAAUCCUCACCCCAAGAAUCGUAAUGGAAUGGCUAAGGUGCCCAAAGAUUCACCAAUAACCAAAGUUUAAAACAUAUGAAAUUUCCCGUAUUAGAUACAUUUUUUUUCUGUCAAAAUGGAAAUAAUUGAUAACAUUUGGUCAGAAAGAUGAAGUAGCAACAUCUUUCGCAGGCCGAAAUGACUUGUCGGGCCGGAUCUGUCUUGAAUUUGAACCAUUUAUAAUAUUAUUUGAUAUGUGCGUAUUUUUGAUCAUUUUAAGUAUACGCGGCACAUUAAUUUCUAAAAAUGCAUCACGACGUUUGCUUUUUUCUCAACUCCAUGACUGAUUAUUACUCACUGCAAACUUCGAAAGCCAACAAACAUAGUAAAACAUCACUUACUGUACAAUGUCUUCUGUCAUGAGGAUGCUGACUGAUAGGAUUUUUUUAUAUGUUCCCUUUUAGAUGAGGAAUUACUCAAUUCUCACAAAAAACAAAGCUGUCUUUUUGUGUCGUCUUCGCCAUUUUGAAUAAAUCGGUUUGAAUCGAGAAUCGGGUUAAAUCGAGUAUCGAUUAUGAAUCAAAUCCUCACCCCAAGAAUCGUAAUGGAAUGGCUAAGGUGCCCAAAGAUUCACCAAUAACCAAAGUUUAAAACAUAUGAAAUUUUCCGUAUUAGAUACAUUUUUUUUCUGUCAAAAUGGAAAUAAUUGAUAACAUUUGGUCAGAAAGAUGAAGUAGCAACAUCUUUCGCAGGCCGAAAUGACUUGUCGGGCCGGAUCUGGCCCCCGGGUCUUGAAUUUGAACCUUGUAAUAUACAUGAUGUAAGUAUAUAUCUAACAGGCACAUUUAUUUUUGAUCAUUUUAAGUAUACACGGCGCAUUAAUUUAGAAAAAUGCAUCACGACGUAUGCUUUUUUUUCAACUCCACGACUGACUAUUACUCACUGCAAACUUUGAAAGCCAACAAACAUAGUAAAACAUCACUUACUGUACAAUGUCUGCUGUCAUGAGGAUGCUGACUGCCAAAAUGUUCAUGUUUUCCCUUUUUAGAUGAGGAAUGAUUCAUAAUUCUCGCCCAAAAAAAGCUGUCUUUUUGUGUCGUCCUCGCCAUUUUCGAGUCUAAACUGGCUGUCAAAGUCUACCAGCUCGUUGGAAUACGUCCUCAGCCUUCUGCCGUCCGGGUGAGAGGCGUGAUUUAUGAUCUAGAAUAAACUUGCAAGGAGCAGGGAAGUAAGGAAACAACUGAACACUGGAUGAUGUAAACAUUACAAACAAGCUGCUAUUAAUAGUCUGUCUGCGUUAGCACUUAUAAUAACAAUAUCACUAAUACUUUAUUAAUAGUCAAGUCAUAAAAUGUAAAUGGGGUAUUGUUGGCGCCUUUUGGAAGUUUUUAUUGGAUUUUAUGGCCCUUUUAGAAGACCUCACAUUGGCUCUUCUGUAGAAUGCAUUAAAAAAAAAAUCUCUCAUGUCUUUCAUGAUUAUGAAGGAUAGGCAAAAUACCAAAACAAGUGCAGUUUCCCUUUAAAUAAAAGCAUAUUUCUGUUCCUUUCCUAUCCAGUUGCUCCCUGGCGGUAUCGAAUCUUUGUCAGCCAGUAAGCAGACCACAGUUGGUAACCAAUGAAUGCCAAAAGUUUGAACACCUUCUGCAUUUUCACUGAAGGCAUCAAACCUACUAAUAAACACAUGAGAACUUAUGUACUAACUAAAAACAUGUUUUAUAUUCUAGUUCCUUCAAAAUAGCCACCCUUUGCUCUUGAUUACUGCUUUGCACACUCUUGGCAUUCUCUCGAUGAGCUUCAAGAGGCAUUCACCUAAAAUGAAGUGAAGUGAAGUGAAUUAUAUUUAUAUAGCGCUUUUCUCUAGUGACUUAAAGCGCUUUACAUAGUAAAACCCAAUAUCUAAGUUACAUUUAAAACAGUGUGGGUGGCACUGGGAGCAGGUGGGUAAAGUGUCUUGCCCAAGGACACAACGUCAGUGACUAGGAUGACGGAAGCGGGGAUCGAACCUGGAGCCCUCAAGUUGCUGGCACAGCCGCUCUUCCGCCAUGUAUUCAUAUAGUGAUGAAUACAUGGCCUAUAGGACAUAAAGGUAGUGUGUGUAUAGUCUGUGAUAUCAUGAAGAACCCAGCAGAAGUGUUGGGUUUGAGAAUCAGGGAAUAAAAUCAGUCGCAUGACUUUUGGAAGGGACUAAUAAAAACCGAGGUAUUGCUGGAAUUGUGAAGUGAAUUAUAUUUAUAUAGCGCUUUUCUCUAGUGACUCAAAGCGCUCUACACAGUAUAACCCAACAUCCAAGCUACAUCCAAAACAGUGUGGGUGGCACCGGGAGCAGGUGGGCAAAGUGUCCUGCCCAAGGACACAACGGCAGUGACUAGAGUCGGGGAAGCGGGUUUUCAUUUCAAAGGUGUGCUUGAUUGAAGCUCAUCAAGAGAAUGCCAAGAGUGUGCAAAGCAAUGAUUAAGAGCAGCGGGUGGCUAUUUUGAAGAAACUAGAAAAUAAAUCAUGUUUUCAGUUAUUUCACCUUAUUUUGUUGUGUUCAUUCAUAGUUUUGUUGUCUUCAGUGACAAUCUACAAUGUAAUUAGUCGUGAAAAUAAAAGAAAACGCAUUGAAUGAGAUUUGGUCUGUACUGUGUAUGGUACCGUACAAAAACUGAACCGUACUGCUUGGUGGAAACAAGGUCAUAGAGUUCCCAUUAUCAUCUCCCCAGACCUCCUUGUCCUCUCCUGUCAAUUUGAAAAGUCAGUAGGACAGAAGGAUUUGCAUUGUAGGAUUUCCUUAAGGCCAAAGUACUUAGAAGGAAAGAGUGGAUUAGAACAUGACGGACAGACCUAAAACAAUCCAACCCGACGUUCAUAUCAGGGGUUUUAGUUCAUAAUUCAACCCUUGUCUGUUUGCCUUCAGCAUUUCUAUGUUAAAGCCCUUUAUGACUUCCCGUUAUCAGCACAUGUAUAAAAAAAAAAUGUAUAGUUAACAAUGAGAAGUAAUUUAGAUGUUUUAAGCGAUAACUCGGAGUGAUUUUCUCGGCUUCCGCACCCACGCUUUGCAAGAUAUCUCCGCGCCAAUAAGUGGCUUUGUACCGCUUGAGUGCGAUUCAAUCCAAGGUAUGAAUAAAAGGCUUGUCCGGCUAACGCUC